UUUUUUUUAAUAGUCACUGGCUUGUAACGUUUUAAUCAUUGUUAUCGCGUACCGGUCUGAGCAGAAAUUACCAACGGUCUCCGUUUAGCCGGUCUGUCCAAGAAAAAGGUUUCUGUUGCUUUCACUGAUACAGUUUGCGCAAAACAGGCUUUGGUAUAACACUUUGAACACACAACAGAUUAAGAACUGGAUCGUCAUGGAAACGCUUGACAGUCUCAUGAUAGUAGUCUGUGUUAUUGCACUCAUCAUUUUGUUGUCGUUGAUCGCCUACACGUGGGUAAAGUGGCAUAAGCAAGAAGCCCAAGCACAAAUGCAAAUCAUCAACCAGCCACCCCCACCUGCAUUUGAGGUCGCAAAGCACCAACCCUACCCCCCUCAAGGGCAUUUCCAGCAUGGUUACCUGAACGAGGCGGGUAAAGAAAGUCCAAAUCUGAGCGGCUCCCGGACAUUUCUAAACGAUGACGUGUUGAAGCAAAAGCCUUAUACCAAGGGUGGACGCGCACCUGAGUUUCAAAGCGAUAACGUUGUAUACCACGCGAUUUCUGAGAAAAAUCCUGACACACUUCAAGUUGGUGAUGUAGUGUUCCAUGCCAAAGGACCUACCGCUGAAAACGGAACGGCUGAUGGUGUAGACGCAGGUCACGUGGUAUUCAACACAGCGGACGAAAGCGUACGAACAAGACGGGCCUCGUCGCAUAGCAAAAACACUUACUUGUAAGGAAAUUAUGCUUACGACUGCAGUUUGUGAUCAGAGUCAAUAUCUGAACAACUGCGCUCUUACCCCUCCCCUAACUCAACAACAGUCAACUGAUAACAAGUCAAUUUUAAUGUUGGUUUAGGGGA